GCUCAUGAAGUUUGAUGGCGGCUCGAUCGUCAAAUAAGAGACUAACCAAGCGAUCGAUGCCUCCUCAUUCUGCUCCUUGUGCAUAUCGCCGAUUCUUUUCUCGGAGGAGGAUCUCGAUGAUGAUUCCUCUUGCUCUCUUCUCCGGCGCCGUUUUUCUAUUCUUUAUGCCCUUCAACGGCUGGGGCAAUUCAUCUGAUUCGUUGGAUCUAGCUCAUAGGAUCCAUGACAUUGAAGUUGUUGCUGAGUUUCCUCAUGACCCAGACGCGUUUACUCAGGGACUUCUUUAUGCGGGAGAUGAUACACUGUUCGAAUCGACUGGUCUAUACGGGAAGUCGUCAGUGAGGAAAGUGUCUCUACUAACAGGAAAGGUUGAAGUUCUUGAGAAAAUGGGCGAUUCAUACUUUGGAGAGGGUUUAACACUCCUCGGAGAAAGGCUCUUUCAAGUUGCGUGGUUGACGAAGACGGGUUUCACAUAUGAACUUCGCAACUUAAGCAAUAUAAAACCAUUUCAACAUUAUAUGAAAGAUGGAUGGGGACUGGCCACCGAUGGAGAAGUGUUGUUUGGAAGUGAUGGCACUUCUACGCUAUACCGAAUGGAUCCUCGAACAAUGAAAGUUACUGAUAAGCAUACGGUCAGAUUUAAUGGCCGUGAGGUACGUUACCUUAAUGAACUCGAGUACAUAAACAAUGAAGUUUGGGCAAACGUGUGGCAGUCUGAUUGUAUUGCCAGAAUUUCACCUAAUGAUGGAUCGCUGCUUGGAUGGAUACUGCUUCCACAAUUAAGUCAAGGGUUGCUGAAAUCUGGACAUAGGGGUAUUGAUGUCUUGAAUGGCAUAGCAUGGGACAGCGAGAAGCAACGCCUCUUUGUAACGGGGAAACUGUGGCCAAAGCUGUACCAAAUCAAGCUAAAACCGGCAUCAGAAAAGAGAGAGAGACAAAUCGCGAGACAAUGCUUGGUUUAAAAAGAUGCAGAUUGUGUACUCCUGUAGCAAAAAGAGUGUAACUUUAAGAUGUAGAGGCCUAUGACCCAAGUUGGAGUCAAUAGUUUUGUAUCCGUCUCUGUUACAUUUUGGGGUCCAAAAAAGGGAAAAAAAAAAAAAUUAAGUUAUACUAUCAGAAGUGAUGUCCAAAAAACAAAGAUACUACGAGGAUUUGUCUUAGCGAAUAGAGAUGUAACACGUCGAGGAGGCCCAUAUGCGUAACACUAUCUCAGCAUCAGCCUCAUAAAUGGAUGUAACUUGUAAGGAACUUGUUGCGUUCCUUGCUUGUUUGAAGCGGAACCUUUUUGUU